AUGGAAGAUGGAAUUGCCUUAAAUCUAGAAGCUAAUUCGGAAGGAGAUUAUACUUACUAUCCAGGACAUUUGCUCAAAGGAUCAAUCAUACUAUCGUUAAACAAAGUUUCAAAAAUUAAAGCUUUUUAUGUCAAAAUUUUUGGAAAAUCUAAGGCACACUGGAUUGAGAAGAAUGGAAGGUCGGAAACACAUUAUAAUGGCAAGGAAAUAUUCAUUAAUUCAAGAAAUUACAUUCUUGGAAAAGCAGGUGGACCUUCAAUAAAAAUAGACUCAGGAAAUCAUAAAUAUAGCUUUGCCUGCCAAUUACCUAAUGACUUGCCUUACUCAAUUAAAUUGGAUCAUGGAGAAAUAAUUUAUUUUAUUGAAGCAGUUCUUGUGAUUCCAUGGAGCUAUAACUUAGAAUUAAGAAAGGAAUUUGGAAUUAUUAGAUAUGAAGACUUGAAUCUUUAUCCAGAACUGCGAUUACCUCAAAAUCGAGAAGUUGUUAAAAAGUUUUUUACUCUAUUUAAGGAAUCAAAGCCACUCCAUAUUUCAGUUUCAAUUCCUCGCUCUGGUUAUACAAGCAAUCAAGAAGUUCUUGUUAAUAUACUUUAUAGCAAUCAAAGUGAUGUCGAUAUUAAAAAAACUGCAGUGAGAUUAGUCAAAUGCUUGAUAUUAACAAGUCAAUCACCUCAAAAAGUAAAAAUUGAAAAAAUUCGAUUGAUUUCAAAUUUAGUGCAAGGCGUUGAUGCUGGUCGAUCUAAAGGAAUUGAAAUUAUUGUUCCUAUUCCAGCCAUUAAAUUAACUUCAAAUAGAAGAUUUUCGCAGAUUUUAACUAUAGAAUAUGCAAUUGAGGUAGAAGGUGAUGCUGAUGGAUUUCAUUCAAAUCCAAUAGUUUCAGUUCCUAUAACAAUUGGGAAUUUUCCAAUAAGAUUUGAAGAUGAAAGUGGUGCUUCAAACUAUAUGCAGUCAUCAGCUAUGAGUAAUAAGCCACCGGAUUAUAGUUCACGUGAGUUGAAUAAUUUCUGA